GAUUGUUCUCAGAAUAUAACCUUGGUAGCUCCAACAUUACCUGCACGAGGAAACUUUACUAUUCUAAAAAACAGGACUUGUGGAUGGUACAUCACAGCUCCUGAGAAUAAUGUCGUGUUUCUGGACUUUGUGUCGGCAGUCUCUUCACUACUCUCUUUUGGGGACAGUAUUGAGUUUUAUGAUGUCAAUGGUUCAAGUUUAACUCGUAUUCCAUUUCAUUUUCCCGAUCGUGGCCUUGAUCGUUACCGGUAUAGGCUCCUCUAUUCUAAGUCUCGAUCUGUGUAUGUUGCAUUCAAGAGUGGUGGUAACACAGAUGAUGAGUUAACUAUUGAGUACUCAUCUCUUCAUCCAGGUAAGAUUACUGGUGGUAAUAAUAAUAAUCAGAUAUAUCAUCGUUAAAACAUAAUAAAAAUUUUGUUACCACAUCAAAGAGAAAAUUCUCAGCUUUCAGUUCUGUAACAGCCUUAGUGAAUCAAGUAGCUAGUGAUCUAACCAGUUCUGUUCGCUAACUUACAUAGCAAGCAUUUCCGUUUGAGUUAUUUCAUGAAAGCAAAAAAUGGGGGUAGGGGGAGUGGGAGAGGAGUCGGAGAAGGUUAUUUUUUACUCAUUUUGUUCUCAUUCCAGCUUAAGUGCAUUAACUCGAGCAGAAACACCCCUACUACUCUGCAGCAUGCAAAGAAAGUCAUGUCCGAUAGCCCAGGGUAGUGGAUUUUGCUAUCGGGCUUGUGAUUUUUGUUCUUAACUUGCAUGAUGGGCAAGUGCUGUUUUGGGGGAAAAUUCAAAUUACAGAAGGAUUGUAAUAAAUCCUGCUAAUCAAGGGUUUUGGGUCUAGUUGAAAUGAAUUAAUUGUGGGCUAGUACAUACUAGCUAAAGCUUUCCUGAAUGGCAGGCUAUAAAACUGACUUUUUUCGCACCCUGCACAGGCUACUAGAUCACUAAAACGUUUAUGAGACAAUAGCCAUAAAAAAUAAGGAAAAUAGCAAGAAGAGGAGUGCUCACCAUUUACACAAACCACCUGGGUGGAAAUUCUGUGCAUAAACAUAAAACUGUAGAAUUUGACGUCACAGGUGGGAAGACGAACCGCUUCAAACUCUAUCGAAAUCAGCUGAGCAGACUACAAAGAGUAGAAAAAUUACUUCAUCGCAAACCACAUCCCAUAUUUUUGGAAGCUUCCCUGGAACGGAAUGGCAUGAACCAUUUGACUUUCCAAUCGAAAUUUCCAGUGUUUCCAAGUAAAUGGUAAGCACCCUGGGACCCUUUUAUGUAGGAAGCGUUAUGACAAAGUGGUUCAAACAAAACAUUGAGGUCUGUUUUCAAGCAUUGCCGUUGCUUUGUUCCCUUUAGGACACAAAAAAAAGUCCUGGUCCCAGUUGUUCGAAGGCGGAUUAGCUUUAACCUAGGGUUAAAGUUUAAUCCAGGCCUCUUGUUCUUUUGUUUAAAAGCAUUUUCUCAGAUAAUUUUCACUAUUCUUUUUAGAGCAUCCAAUCACCAAAUUACAGACCAAAGGAAUUAAACUGAAUUUGCUUUUUAAGCUUUUAUAUCUGAAUUCAAAUUUCACACUAACCCUGGGUUAUCUUAACUCAGUCCUGUCUGUUAGUCGGGCAGGACAAGUAGAUAUUCUUGCUGGGCAAGAAAUGUUUAACCCGUUAAGCCCUAAGAGUGAUCAGCGUCAAAUUUCUCGUUGUUAUAUCACUGCUUUAUAAAACAGAGUGGUCAUGAGAAUUAAGGACAUGAUCACACAAGAUGAAUCUAAUUGAUACUUCAACAAAUUCUCCCCACUACUUCUAUUGAAAAAGUAUAAGGAUAACAAAUGAGAAUUUGAAUUUUGAUGGUAGGUUUUAAAGGGUUAAAGCUGUACAUGUACUUACCCGAUGGGCAAGGGUCCAGCAAGUCAUCCACUAACAAAAUCAUUAACCCCUUAAGACCCAAUAUCCACAUAUAAUUUCUCCAUACUGAUCUUCAUACAUUUAUUCAAAGAAUUAGUUGACAGACUUUGAUGACAGAUCAAAGCAUUUUCUCUUUAGUGAUCAUUUUAUUAACUCUCAUGACAAUUUCUCUUGGCAACAUAGGGAUAUUGUUAGGAGAAAAUUCAUGUUGGUCACUAGUAGGACUAAAGGGGUUAAUAUAAUACGAGCAAGAAGUGCUGCCUGGCAGGCAAAAUGUAAGAGCUCACUUGCCCAAAGGACAUAUUCUCAAGUUUUUCCCAAAUCCUGCCGUUUCUCUAUUGUCCUUCUCUUUGGUCAGGUGUUACCAAUUUAUGGGUAACAAAUUGAAUAAAACCCUGCUUUGCAGCGCGCCGUUAUACUCAGCUUAGUGGGCAAGAGAUCUGGGUACGAUUACAUUCAGUGACAACACGGAAGUAACUUACAAAUGGCCUGCAACAAAUUGUCUGCCAAAAAGUAGAUGUGUCGGGACCUCUUCUCGUAAUCGACCACCACAUGUACUCACAAACUGCCAAAACUGUGUUCAGCCACCUUAAGUGAAGAUCACGACAAAACACGCAACAACCUCGUUCCCAGGUUCUCUCUCUUAUCUCUCGCUCCGUAGGGACGGGUAGGAGAGAACCCUGGGAACGAGGUUGAACACGCAAGUAAUAGCCCUGUCACGCUUAUCACAAACAAGUGUUUUGCCCUCCUCUUCUUCCUGCCAUCCUGUGGCGUAAACUCACUUUUGUCUCGUCACCGCAAUUCUCCAAGAGCCCUGAAGCGAUCACUAAACUAUUUUAGGUGGUCGCUUACGGGAGAUUCUACUGUUUAUCUUUUCGCAGUUCGCUCUUGUUCCUCUGAAAACUCUUAUGAAGAAAACAUGGGUAUUUUACUCAAAGAUUCCUCUGGUACCAUCACUACCCCAGGAUUUCCACAGGGCUAUAACUAUAGCCUGAUCGCUGAAUGUUCAUGGAAGAUUCUUGCACCUGCGGGAAAUGUGGUACGAGUUGAUUUUAUCUCCUUUAGCUUGGCCAAGUAUGACUAUGUCACAAUUGCGGAUGCUCUACCUGGGUGGAAUUUAGAUCAGUCGAUCAGGCUCUCAGGUCAAAAAGCUUCGUUUACAGUUUUCUCCAUGGGUAACGAACUGAGCAUCAAUGUCUUUAGUCUUUAUGGUACAAGUGGCCCAGGAUUUGUUGCAAAUUUUACAUCAGUUCCUACAGGUAAGAACCCUACUCAAUCAAAGGACCACUGUCAAGGGGACGGUAUAAGUGAAACCUACGUAGAAACUGACAUAUUUUCACGUUUGUCAGUGGAUAGCUACAUGUAUUAUCUUUAUGAUCAAACAAAUGUUUUCAGGUCGUUUAGCCCUAAGGUUGAUUCGCCCGAUAGCAGUUCGUUCAGACGAAGUCGAUUCACCCGAUGUGCAUUUGUCGUUCGUUAAGGUUGAAAAAAGGAAUACGCAUGGAAAGAUAGUGACUGCACAUGUGGAAUCCACGGUUAACUAAAAUAACAUCUCGGAGAACCAUCAUGUUGUAGAGUGUUGUAUGUCGUCAGGGGCGGAUCCAGGAUUUUCUUUAGGAGGGGGUGCACUCGUCUCUUGCUCUACUUCAACACCAAUAAACCACAUAGUUUAUUUUUUUUGCAGAAUACCAGUCGUAUUAGAAAACCGCAGGUCAUCUCGGGGGGGGUGCGCACCCCCUGCACCCUCCCCCUAGAUCCGCCCCUGGUCGUCGUGCGAAUCGACUUAAGUCCUGGCAAACGCCGUCGGGCAAAUUGACUUUCGUGCGUAAAGACCGCAAUUCAAACAAAUAACGCAAAAAUUAUGUUCAUUAAAAAGUAAAGCAUGAGCUGAACUGCCGUGAGUUUUCGAAAGAGCUGUUUAUAAUCGCGAAAGAGCUGUUUAUAAUCGCAUAUCUCAAUUCUUAGUCGAUAAUGACAUAUUAUUUAAACAUCAAUUCGGUUUUCGUCCUGGCCACUCUACUUCCCCCGCUUUGAUUAAUUUUGUGAACAAAGUUGCUACGCCGUUGACUGCCAAAAAAAUUUCGCCGGAAUAUUUCUUGACUUAUCAAAAGCCUUUGGUACUCUAGAUCAUGCAAUACUACUAUCAAAAUUGGAAGCAUGUGGCAUCACUGGGACAGCCCAUCAAUGCCGGGAUAACUGACUAUUUUCGUAAUAGAAUGCAGUAUGUCUAAGUUGACGAUUCUAAAUCCGAUGCUUUAAGACAAAUUUGUGGCGUAUCGCAAGGCUCUAUAGUAGGCUCCCUCUUUCUAUUAUUUAUAUCAAUGAUCUCCCAGCCUGCUCUAGCUCUAAUGAACUCGAAUUUAUAUUAUUUGCUGAUGACACCAGUAUAUUUUUUGAACAUAGUGACCUGGAUAUACUUACCUCCCAUCUUAACGACCAACUCCACAAUGUUUCAACUUGGCUAGAAGCCAAUAAGUUAUCAAUCAAAGUUAAGAAAACAAAACUAAUGAUUUUCAGACCAAGGCAAAAAACGUUACCUAUCACAAGACAGGUGUUAAUUAUUAUAGAAAUAAUGUUCUUGAACAAGUACAUAAUAUUAAUUUCCUUGGAGUUUAUAUUGAUCAGCACCUUACGCGGAAAACUCAUGUUAAUUUUAUUGCGGCUAAGAUUUCUAAAUCUGCCGGGUUACUUUAUAAAGCUAAACACUAUUUGCACUCAAAAUCUUUUCUUUACACUAUACUAUGCGCUUAUUUAUCCAUAUCUUACCUACUGCAAUUUAAUUUGGGCCUCUACUUAUGUCACCAACCUGCAACGAAUUUACCUACUCCAGAAAAGAGCAGUCCGGGCGAUCUCUAAGGCUGACUACAAGGCGUCAAGUAAACCUCGUUUUGCGAAUUUGAAAAUUCUUGAUGUUUUUAGUAUCUACUCGCUCCAAGUAAGUUCUUUCAUGUACCUAUAUCAUCAUGACGCUUUACCUAUCGCUUUUACCCAAAUCUUUCAAACGGGAAAUAAGAUUCAUCAAUAUUCAACAAGAUACUCUGACUUUUACCGGGACAGAGAGGACAAUGGAUACUCGUGAAUUAAUUUGUGUGUGUCUGGAAAGGGAUGCUCUCUUUAUGCAAGAGAUCGUGAAGCUUUACCCAUUCAGUAAUAAGGGGAGAAUGGCAUUGCUGGGAUCACUUUAAGGGUGAGCCGGGAUGCAAGGUUUUAUUGAAUUUUUCUCCAAACUAAGGGUGCGUUUCUUUGGGAGAUCUAUCUCAAAAUCUGGAUUCUUCAAUCCAGGAACGGAUUGCUUUUCUUUUCUAAAAUUAAGGUCUAAAGAAUCAGUGUUCCGAGCGGAUUCAAGGUUAAACCAGAUUUUUGCGAUUCGUGAUCUGUGCGUGAUUUUCGGCGCAGAUCCCCAAGAUGAACACCUAGUAAACUUUUGCAAUGCAAAAAUUGAUGCUGGACUUCAGGAUUCUCAUUAAGUGCUUGCAGCCGGCUAAAAAACCGGCUACUGGGAGGUUUGAGCCGUCUACUUUUUAGGAAAAAAAAGUGUUAAGUGAGAGCGAAAGCCUGAAAUUGCCACUGAUGUCCAGAAAUGCACGCAAUGGCAAAACUGAUCGCAAAAAAUCACCAGAGGGCUGGCGAUUCAAGUUACCAAGCCACCUGCUUUUACAUCAUAGCUGUCUACUUUAACACUUAAUGAGAACCCUGGGACUUUUAAUUUCUUUCGAAUGCGAAAAACAGAUCCGAGGAAAAUUUGAUGAAAAAUUUAAUCCUGUAUUGGAUUCUUGAAAUAUGUACUCAAUGAACAUCAUUGUGAGAAUCACUGCUGCAUUGUGGGGCAGGUGUAGACAAUAAUUGUUUUUGAUACAUCUAGCUCCCGCUUGGCAUGGCGGCAUUUUACCGGCUAUCUGAGCUAACUAGGCGAAAGUCUAGUUCUUCUUUCUGUUUCUCUUUGUCAGGCAAUGCUACACUCUCUCAAAAGCUCAGAAUUGCCUGACACAGAGUGGGCAUGAGCUGGAACAACCAGAAAUUGCUAACUGAAGUUAAUGAAACUUGCUUUAUAAAUUGCAAAAACAUGUUUGGAUUUUUUAUGUACAGUUAUAUCAGGAACUUGCGACCCAACUCAAAACAGCAUUGUUCAAGUGGAUGGUGACGGACUGACUUUCUCGACCCCUGGCUUCCCCUCAUUUCCAGGAAAGGGUACCUGCACUUGGAAUAUCACAGUACCAAUCGGGCAGUUUAUCAAGCUAACAUUUUGGAAAAAUUAUGGAGAAUGUAAAGAGAAUUAUGUAAACGUUUUCGAUGGGACAAAUUCUACUCGCAUAUCACUUGGAAAAUUCUGCAACAAAUACAUCGAGGAAGUUGUGUUCUCUAAGGGGAACAGUUUGCUUGUUGAGUAUAAUUCUCGGCGCAAGGCCUAUUACAAUGGAUUCUUAGCUACGUAUGAAACUAUCAAGGAGCGACCUGCAGACUAUUCUUGUUUGGGAGAAAAACGUUUGCUAGAAGACGAUCAGGGAGAAUUUGCCAGCUUUUCAUAUCCUCUCCAUUACCCUAAUAACGCCAAGUGUUCCUGGUAUAUUAAUCGCCCGGUUGGAUUUAUCAUUCAGUUAACAUUUCAUUCAUUUAAUCUGCAACAAUCCAAAAACUGUGAAGGCGACUAUGUAGAAAUUAGGCAGAGCAAAGACGAAUAUGAAUGGCGUUCGGAGUUAAUUGGCAGAUUCUGUGGUUAUUCCCUUCCUCCAGUUAUUGUGUCGAACCAAUCAAAUGUGUUCGUAAAAUUUGUCGCUGACAUGUCCAAAAUGUAUCCAGGAUUCCAUGCAAGCUACAAGGUCCUCGCUAAUCGUAAGUAUUUCUGUUUAUUAUACAUUGUACUCACAUCUAUCUUCUCACUGGCUAAGAGCCUACAGUAAAUUUUGGAAAUAUGCACACCCUACUGAUUAGUUAAUUAUCUGCUAGCAGAUAACUGACUGAUCUGUAGGUUGCACUCGCAAUGCAUAAUUUCCAAGUGCAAUGUCAAAUCGGUUCCGUGCGACGGUGUAUUUGUCGUUAUUUAUUUCAAAACAAUGUAUAAUAAAACAAUUAUUAGAUUCGGUUUUUGUAAUAUCCGGAAUAAUCAAGGUCUCGGUAGGUGUUAUCAGCCUCGGCCUUCGGCUCGGCUGAUAAAACCUACCUCGACCUUGAUUAUUCCGGAUAUCACAAAAACCUCACUGAUCAAAUAAUUGUUUAGUAUUACGCUGUAGGAAGAAGAACUAAAUAAGAUAAAAUAAAAUAUACGACUUAAAGUAAUAACCUCUAGCACAGAGACUAGUGAGGCCGAACUAAUAAAGAGAAUUUAGACUGAUGUUCUAAGACUACAGUAUUGUCUAAAGGAGUAUUGGUCGACGGGAUCUAAUGCUAACUGCUAAGAGCUAACAGUUAACCGUAAGUAGAUGGAUACCGUGAGAGACCACAAAAAGUAAUAUCAACCCUGCCGGAUGAUGUUACAUUAUUCGUAUGACAAGUCGUGAACACAAACAACGUUUCGCGUGUUUUGUUGGCCAAUUUUGUCGCGAACGAAAUUUGUCAUUGAAAAAUUGCGUAAAUUUUACACACGAAAAAACGAGCAAAUGAAAAUUGUCGCGUUAAACCGCUUAUAUGUGUAUACACAGUAUGUGUACAAUCGCCCCAACCCCUCAGAAAAAUCGGAGUGGGUGCUGGGGGGGGGGGGGGGGGGUUGUGGCUAGGAAUGUACAAAAGCUAGUGUGAACAGAGCCUAAUGAAUUGUACUGUUAUUCAAUUUUCAGCGGCCAUGGGGGCGUGCAAAAAUCCAGGUCAAAACAACGUCAUACCCCUGACGAGUUCAUCAGGAAGCCUCUUCUCGCCGCUCUACCCGGAGGACUACCCGACUAAGAUCAUGUGUACUUGGGUGAUAACAGUACCCGAGGGAUACCUUGUGAGACUGAGAAUCAAGGCAUUUCGCCUGGGUUACAGUUGUGGCAGUUCUUCUCUUAAGAUCUUUGAUGGUAAAAGUUCAUCAAGCAACCUAUUGAAGAAGUUUUGUGGGAAAGACUAUAACUUCAACGUUUUCUCCAGUGGCCGUCACCUUUUGGUUCAAUAUGAUUCACGCCAGGAGUAUUUGGUUGGCGACGUUUUUUUCGAUGCUGUGUUUGAGGCAGUGGAUCGUGGUAAGGUUUAAAGAGUGUUAUAAAAUGCUAGCGGUUACUCAGGUUUGUUGCGCGGGCAAGUGAAUCAAGCGAGUAAACGUCGUAAAAAAAAGGGGAAAAAAGAAAAGAAAAGAAAGAAUUCCAACCAACCUUUCCCCUACCCAGCUUUCCUUUUGGUUCGUUCAGUUUCUCUAGCCAUUUAUUUGGCAUUCUCAAACUCAUUACAUAUUCAUGCAGUCAAAAGCCAAUUAAUGACGACCAUUUGGCUCAGGUAAAUGAAUCUUGAUACCUAAUGAAACACCAGAUAAAACAACACCAGCUUUUCAUCCGAGACUUUUUUUUCAUUUGAGAUCAAACACCUGCAUUUGCAUUUGCAUGUCAAAAACUCAGGCUUCGUGCUUUAUCACCCGUGACGAAGCACUCGCCUAGUUUUUUUACAUAUUACUUCACGACUGCCUGAAAUGGGACUGCUAGCAGUCUAAGGCGGGCUAUAAGCUUCUGUUAUGUAGAUACGUCUUGGUCUCUAUAAUUAACUUAAAACUGGUAAAAUGAAAGUAACUCAGCAAACAGGAUUAUUGCCCUAAAGCCAUGAGCUUGGCAAAAUCCGAACUCCUCUUAAGGUCACAGUUUUACCCUAGGUGGGCAAAAGCGGUCACUGAUUCGGAUACCAUUUUAGGCCAAAACGGUCAUAGGUUUGACCCACAUUUUUUUCGAACGAACAAAGUUGUGGCUUGGAACCUGUUUGGCCCAAAACACUCACGGUUUUCGCUCGUUCCAUUUUGAUGCGCCAAGCCUACUUCCCUGCAUGAUAUUAAGGAGCUUAAAGCAACGAUGACCGCGACAGCAACGAGAACGGCAAAAAUGUGAUAGGUUAUAUUUGUAAAACAACAACUAUUCUUGACUUGAACGCAUACCUUCUUACAUUGUACAUCUGAAUCCACGAGUGGGCAAGUUGAAGUGAAUCCUUCGUUUUGAUUGGCUUACCGAGCGGGCAAGCUCGGCUCAUCCUGCCCGCUUGGGAUUUCCCACGUUGUUUCCUCAACUCUUUAUCUACCGGGCUUGUUCUACCCUGGGUACUAGAGGUUUUCUGCUUGUGUGAGGCGAAAUGCUUUGGCUUCUGCGCGAGCGGAACCCAUGAGCGGCGAAGCUUGGUUCAGUUGACUAAGCCCCCAGAAUCCUGCAGAAAAAGUCUCUGGAACCGAAGGUUAGCUAGUUCGUUGAAGAUUGCUGGUUAUUGGCCUCGUUCUUCUUCACUGCAUUUUAUUUAGCUCGACUUCUCGCGCGGGUCCGUAAAACGCGAAAACGAACUUGGCCAAUAUCCAGUCAUCUUGGUCAAUAACGAAUGUUCGUUGGGGAGGAACGCGACACUAAGCCAUAGGAACGUCACUGUGGGAGCUUACAAAGUAACUGAUUAUUUCAUACCAUUUUAUUUUUUAAUUUUAAGUACCAGCUUCUAUUUCGUGUACUGAACGCUUCGACAUUACCAAGUUAGAGACGAAAAGUGGGGAACUUGCAAGCUACAACUAUCCUCUACCUUACGAUGACGAUGUCAAGUGCAUCUGGCUCAUCAUUGUGGAUUCUAAUUACGAAAUAACACUGUCCUUUGAUUACUUCAAUCUGUCUCGAUCCAGUGGCUGUUCUGAUGAUUAUGUGGAAGUCCGUGAUGGCCAGUUUGAUACGAGUGAACUAGUUGGAAAGUUUUGUGGAGCAGAUAUACCUGAAUCAAUAACAUCAGAUUCCUGGGAUAUGCAUUUGACAUUCAAAUCCAGUGGAAAGACAAAGUAUCCUGGAUUUAAAGCCAGUUACAAGACGAAAAGUAAGUUUGUAAUGGUAAAGGUAACUUUGCUCAAUAAAAAAGAAGAGGCUAGAAAACCAAGCAACCUACCCGACGGGUGUGUACAAGAAUGGGACAAAACUGUAAAUUGUAAUUUGUUUACCCAGGAUGCACUUAGGAGUUCAUGA